AUGGGGAAGAGCUUCGUGCGCGUGAAGCGAAAGCUCGCGGGCGCGAAGAAAAAGCUCGUGCGCUGGAAGAAAGAGCUCAUGCGCCUGAGGAACGCCGCACCGCCGGCUCCUGCCACCCAGGCAGGGGCUACCGCCACGCCUACGGCGGCCGGCCCAGCCUCAGCCACCACAACCGUUCCGGGCAAUACAGCAAGCAGUCUUAACUCUUCUCCACAAGAUGAGGUUAAGCUUAGUCUCAGAUUACUACAUGGUGCGCCGGAAGUAAUCCUAGAGGUUGCAGGUUCGCAAGAUGAAGUUACUAGGAAGAUUGUGGAGAUAUGCUUACCUUGUAUCGGCCGCCCAAAGAGUGUCCAAGACCUCAAUGAAUUUUUGAUGAGUAAUCCUAUUGUGUGCUCUGCGCGGACGGGGUACAUUCCAGAUACAACAGCCCAGGGUAGGCUUUUGUCCCGGACCAUCAUUGCUGUUAUAUUGGAGUGUCAUUCAGAACAUAAAAGCUGGAAUGGCGCAUUGGAUUCUGACCACAUUCGGAUCAGUAAGCCUCGGGAGUCCAAGGAGAUGUUCAUGAUGAUACUGAAAGAUGGAGUGGAAUUUGAAGGGGAGGCACUGCUUAGGGCUAAGGUCAAUGACCUACGCAAAGCUGCCCUGAUCUUCAGAAGACUCUACCAGGCCAGUGGCCAUUCUCCUGUUUACGUUUUGGAGCUCAUACAAGCCCUUGAAGGAGCGACUACACACUCGGUUGCGCAGCCUGCGUUCAUGGAAUUUUUGAGGUAUCAUCCCGCGAUCAUGGCAUCCGCUGGCCGUACUAACUUUACCAAGGCGAUCAACAGAGAUCGUGAAAGGAUCCUUGUGGGACUACCAAAACCCACUAUAUGUCCAAAUGACUGGAGAGCACUUGUCAAAUUGGAAGGCCACAUGCCUAUUACGGUUGUGUACCGUUAUGGCCCUUAUGGAAGCACGGUGGGCGAGCUUAUCAGGUUUAUGCGCAAUGUUCUCGAGCAUGGUAAGGAGCAUCAAGGAGAAGAUGGCAAUGUCGACUAUUAUAAUGAGCACGAGUUGGAGCUAUACCUUGCCAAUACGUUCCAUCCGUUUCUUCCAAGCAUCAUGCGAACCCUGUUGGCCUUGGGAAAAAUGGAAGAACCCUGUGGACGCGCAGCCUGGUCUUCUUACAAAUUAUUUGUCUAAAUAAUUCGAACGAAUUGGAUCCAUGGUCGAAGUGAUCACUGCGAGAGGAGGUUAUGUUUUUUGCAUGGGGCUGUAAGAGGUUGCAGUUCCUUCAACAAGUUUUGAUCGUGGGCGAUGUGUUGAACUAAGAUUUACCAGAGAAACUAAGGCGCUCAAUUGAACCAUAAUUUUGAGGCGCGUGAAAUAGAUUGAAUGCCAUUUUAUUAAUAAGGAAAAAUAAAGCAUACUAUAACCAU